UCUUCAUUCUCAUCCAUUUCUCUUCUUCUACCUUUCCACCGAUUCAUCACUUUCACAAAAAAAACACUCACUCUUUGAUUCUCUCACACCACCGUUUAGGGUUUCGAUCUUCUUCUCUUCGCUUCGCUGUUGCAGUUUCCGAUUUGGAAAAUCCACUUUCUUCUCCUGUCUUGGCUCGAGAUCCGGGCCAAGCACAGAAGAUUCCUGUUCCGAUUUGCAUUUUCGAAUCACUGGUGAACGUGACGUGUCUGUGUUGUUGGGGAAAUGGCGUCGAACGAGGGAUUUUUGACUGAAGGACAGAGGGAAAUGUUGAAAAUUGCGAGUCAGAAUGCGGAGAAUUUGUCGACAUCGCCUAAGUCGCCGUCAACAUUGCUUGCUGAUCAUCAUCACAUCAAAGCUCCUGCUGGUGGUAAGGCACAGACUGCUGGGAUUGCUGUGAGGCAUGUGCGUCGGUCGCAUUCUGGAAAGUUAGGGCGGGCUAAGAAGGAUGGUGCUGGUGGUAAGGGCACUUGGGGGAAAUUGCUGGACACAGAAGUUGAUUCUCACAUAGACCGCAAUGAUCCAAAUUACGAUAGUGGCGAGGAACCCUAUGAGCUGGUUGGAACUACUGUUACUGACCCCUUGGAUGAAUUCAAGAAAGCAGUGGUAUCCCUCAUAGAUGAAUACUUCAGUAAUGGGGAUGUUGAUUUGGCAGCAUCUGACCUUAGAGAACUUGGCUCAAGUGAAUAUUAUCCAUACUUCAUUAAGAGACUUGUUUCCAUGGCAAUGGAUAGGCAUGAUAAGGAGAAAGAAAUGGCUUCUGUUCUGCUUUCAGCACUGUAUGCUGAUGUCAUUAGUCCCACACAGAUUAGGGAUGGAUUUUUUAUGCUCAUUGAAUCUGCUGAUGAUCUUGCAGUGGAUAUCCUGGAUGCAGUUGACAUCCUUGCUUUAUUCCUGGCACGUGCUGUUGUUGAUGAUAUUCUUCCACCAGCCUUUCUUGCCAGGGCAAGGAAGGCUCUUCCGGAAUCUUCCAAGGGAGCUCAGGUAGUCCAGACUGCUGAGAAGAGCUAUCUCUCAGCUCCACACCAUGCAGAACUUGUGGAAAGACGAUGGGGUGGUAGCACUCACAUUACUGUUGAAGAAAUGAAGAAAAAGAUUGCUGAUUUACUUAAAGAAUAUGUUGAUAGUGGUGAGACACUUGAAGCUUGUAGGUGUAUACGUGAGUUGGGAGUUGCAUUCUUCCAUCACGAGGUUGUGAAGAAGGCCCUGGUACUUGCCAUGGAGAUUCCUUCAGCAGAACCUCUACUGUUGAAGCUGUUAAAAGAAGCAGCAGCAGAAGGACUGAUUAGUUCCAGCCAAAUGGUGAAAGGGUUUUCUCGAUUGGAAGAAGGCCUAGAUGAUCUUGCUCUUGAUAUUCCAUCAGCUAAAGCCUUGUUUCAGUCAUUUGUCCCCAAGGCAAUCUCUGAAGGAUGGCUUGAUGCUUCCUUUGACAAUCCAGCUGGUGAAAAUGGGGAAUUCCAAGUUGAAGAUGAGAAUGUGAGGAAGUACAAAAAGGAAGCUGUAACUAUAAUUCAUGAGUAUUUUCUCUCUGAUGACAUUCCUGAACUCAUUCGAAGUCUAGAAGAUCUUGGAGCACCUGAGUAUAACCCAAUAUUUUUGAAGAGGUUAAUAACACUUGCUUUGGACCGAAAGAACAGAGAAAAGGAAAUGGCAUCUGUCCUGCUAUCUGCACUUCAUAUAGAGAUAUUCUCAACAGAGGAUAUUGUUAAUGGUUUUGUCAUGCUUCUGGAAAAUGCUGAAGAUACAACGCUGGAUAUACUGGAUGCUUCAAAUGAGCUUGCUCUGUUUUUAGCUCGGGCUGUGAUUGAUGAUGUACUUGCCCCAUUGAACUUGGACGAAAUUGGCAGCAGACUACCACCAAAAUGCAGUGGUAGUGAAACUGUGCGUAUGGCUCGAACACUCUCUUCUGCUCGUCAUGCAGGUGAAAGGCUAUUGAGAUGCUGGGGCGGGGGAACUGGAUGGGCUGUGGAGGAUGCUAAGGACAAGAUCACAAAGCUCUUGGAGGAGUAUGAAAGUGGCGGGGUUGUCGGUGAAGCAUGCCAGUGUAUUCGUGACUUGGGGAUGCCUUUCUUCAACCAUGAGGUAGUGAAGAAAGCUUUGGUUAUGGCCAUGGAGAAGAAGAAUGAUAGGAUGCUAGAUUUGCUGCAGGAGUGCUUCAGUGAAGGUCUUAUCACCACCAAUCAGCUGACUAAAGGAUUCACCCGGAUUAAGGAGGGUCUUGAUGAUCUGGCUCUGGACAUUCCAAACGCCAAGGAAAAAUUUGCUUUCUAUGUGGAGCAUGCAAAGACCAAGGGGUGGCUUCUACCAUCAUUUGAUUCCUCUGCCCCAGAUGUCUAGCUAAACUACCCAGGGCAUGUAGUCCUCCCAUUGAAGAUGGGAUAAUCUGGGAUUGUUUGACAUGGUCCUUUCCAUUUGCUCUUUUACUUGACAUUUUUCUUCUAGAAUCAUUUCACUGAGGUUUCUGUUACUUCGGUCAUUGUAAAAAGUUGGUCUUAUUUCAUUUACAGCUUUUCAGGAUAAUGUUGCAUCAAGAGGUAGUUGUCUUUUAACAUUUACUCUCUGGAUGAAGGGUCUGUUGGUUGUGCACUUUUACACCAUUAGAUCAAGUUUAGUUUGAAAGAUAUAUCAAAUGGCUACUAUUUUUAGA